AUGAGCACCCACAUCGAGCGUGCCAUUGAGAAAAUCCAGGUCAAAGCCCCCGCACCUCCCGACAUCGACUAUACCCUGCACACUCUCGAAGAUGGCAACGUCAUCAGCACCCAAGAGCGAGUCGUGAAGGACGUGCAAGCACCCGCAAUGUUCAAGCCCACGCCGGAACAGUUCUAUAACAGGGGUGGACAAGAUCGCUCAAAACCUGACAUCGCUUUCCUCAAGAAUCACUUUUAUCGUGAAGGGCGAUUGACAGAGGAGCAAGCUCUGUGGAUAUUGGAGAAAGGUACCGAAGUCCUCAGGAAAGAAGGGAAUGUGUUGCAGGUCGAUGCACCUAUCACUGUUUGUGGAGACAUCCAUGGCCAAUAUUACGACUUGAUGAAGCUGUUCGAAGUUGGAGGGAGUCCGGCCGACACACGAUAUCUUUUUCUCGGGGAUUAUGUCGAUCGAGGGUAUUUCAGCAUAGAAUGUGUUCUAUAUCUAUGGUCCCUCAAGAUUUGGUAUCCUGACACCCUCUUCCUUUUGCGGGGAAACCACGAAUGUCGUCAUCUAACGGAUUACUUUACCUUCAAGCUCGAAUGCAAGCACAAGUACUCUGAGCAGGUGUAUGAUGCGUGCAUGGAAUCCUUUUGCUCUUUGCCUCUCGCGGCCAUCAUGAACAAGCAAUUCUUGUGUAUACACGGUGGCCUUUCGCCUGAACUUUCCACCCUUGAUGAUAUCCGUGCUAUCGAUCGGUUCCGUGAACCACCUACAAGUGGGCUUAUGUGCGACAUAUUAUGGGCUGAUCCUGUAGAAGACUUUGGAACGGAAAAAACAACAGAUAGUUUCUUGCACAAUCAUGUACGCGGCUGCUCCUACUUUUUCACCUACCAAGCUGCUUGCCAAUUCUUGGAACGCAACAACCUCUUGUCUAUCAUUCGAGCUCACGAGGCCCAGGAUGCUGGAUAUCGCAUGUACCGCAAAACAAAGACGACUGGCUUUCCCUCUGUCAUGACCAUCUUCUCGGCCCCCAACUACCUUGACGUAUAUAACAACAAAGCUGCGGUGCUCAAGUACGAAAGUAAUGUCAUGAACAUCCGGCAAUUCAACUGCACCCCACAUCCGUACUGGUUACCCAAUUUCAUGGAUGUGUUCACCUGGAGUCUGCCGUUCGUUGGAGAGAAAAUUACGGACAUGCUUGUUGCCGUGCUCAACACCUGUACGAAGGAGGAAUUGGAAGAGAGCGAUGAUGAAUUGGCUUUGAUGUCACCUGCUACAGCCCAUCAUGAACAAUCUGAACGGAGAAAGAUUAUCAAGAACAAAAUCAUGGCUGUUGGACGGAUGGCAAGGGUGUUUGCGCUGCUCAGAGAGGAAUCCGAGAAAGUGUCAGAGCUCAAGAGCGUAUCAGGGUCAAGCAAGCUUCCAUACGGUACACUUGCUUUGGGUACGGAAGGUAUCAGGGAGGCUAUCAAUGGAUUCGACGAUGCCCGCAAAUCGGAUAUCGAGAACGAACGCUUGCCGCCAGACUUAUUCGAUGCUGAUUCGGAGGAGGGCAAGGCCAUCAUUUCGCAGCCGACUACGCCAGCGGAAACGGCGGAGGUUGCUCCCGAACCCGUCACGUCAAACGGCGUUGCUGCGGGAUUGGAGAGGAAGGCGACACCCGGAAAAAUCAAUACGGCCCCUACCCCCACCCCACCCUCAUCAGCAUUUUCCCCGCAUAGCCCGACUAGCCCGUCUCCUGGUGGGUUCAAGAGAGGACACUCGAGACAGGCCAGUCUCGGAACGACGAUGACGAGUCCCAGUACGCGGAGGAGGAGUUUGGAGAGCACGAUGUCGCUCAUCCAGGGCGUGUUGGAGGGAUCAGGGGGCAGGAUUAAUGAGGAAGAGCAAGUCGAUGGUUUGGCGAACAGGAUGGCUGGGUCGUCAGUGAAUCCAGCGCACGCCCCGCCUGCCCGAUGAAUUAACUGCAUUGAUCCCCCAAUACCUGGAGUAUAUCCUUUCUUUUAAUCGGUCUCUUUGUCUUUCUGUGCAGCGAUGUAUUUUAUCCUUCCUUUCAAGUUGUUGGCCUUUUUGGUCUUUGCAUGUGCAGGGAUUUCUCUUAUUUUCUGUUCAGUUCUCCUUACGAUAUCAAAACACUUUUUCCUUAUAAAA